AGCGUGUUUAGGAACGAAAGUGAAAGUAUCUUACUUUAUGCGCAGUAGCUGCUUUCCUUGCGUAUCGAAAUGAAUUAACAGAACCACCAAAUGAGGGGACCUCCAAGAAUUUACUUUAUUACAAACAUCGCUAGGGGAAUGUGAAGUUUCAUGGUGUGUUUUUUGUCGGAUUUCACUGGAAUGCGUUUUUAUGAUGACUUGCCAUGCUUAUCAUCUUUCAGUUUUUCUUCUACUCUCCGUCGGCGUUUCUUUGCAUCGGAAUCACGUCUUUAUCAGCGCAAAAGAAACGUGCUCGGAUCCCCCCCCAAAGAAUCACACCAUCCAGAAUGAGCCAGGAGUGGUCCACAUGGAGGACAGCCGGUACCGCUACAAGUGCAAUGAAGGCUACCUGAGGAAGGCCGGCACAUCCAGCCUGAUCUGGUGCAAGAGGAAUAACAACUUACUGCAGUGGUACAACGUCAAUGGGUCCAAAGCACUUGUCUGCAUACGUUCUCCAAAGAUGGUACACGCAAGAACCACAAGAGCAACAGCACACCCCACAACAAUACCAGCCACUUCAACAGCAGCAACAACCACAACACCAACCACAGCCUCCAAAACAACACUAAUAAGCAGCACAGCACCAACAACAUCAACAACAAGCACCACAGCAUGGACAACCACAACAGCCCUGAAAACAACAACGACAACAGCAUCAACAACGUCAACAGCACCAUCAACAACAACAGCUCCCAGCCCUGUAAUGAAUUGGAAGUCCACUGUAUCACAAUCCAGCAUCAGUCCCCUCCCAUCAAAGACAACAAAAUCCUAUUACCGCCCAGAGACGUCCUUCACCGAUGUCAUUACCAAUGUGAAGCUUCACACCCCAGAACCCUCUCUUGAACCAAGAAACCCACCCGAUAUUCCAGGAAGCAGAAACGGGCCCUUCGAUCCACAGAAGACUUCGCCAAGUAUUGCUGUGCAAUCUACCUUCAUCGGCAGUGGAGCAAUUGCAGUGAUUGUGCUCAUUGCCGUGGUGCUCCUGCUGUGGAGGCGGAGACGCAGGAGGAAUAUACCUGAGCCGGUUAUCAUAACGGAGAUGCGGGUACUCAUGAAUGUGGCCCAGCCGAACCAUCUGGAAGAUGAAUAACAGCCAAACAGAGAAACAGCUUCUUUCAAUGACGUCAACAAUUAAUGUUCUAUUUUUUUUCUAAAUAAAUAAGUUAACAAUG